GGCUGCGACACCUCUGACAGCUUGACUUCAAAAUAUUAAAAACACGGCACGGGAGAAAAAAGUGCAAAUAAAUAAUUAGAAAUAGUCCUCAGAACGAGCGCGACGCGUAGAAUAACGGUAAAUUAAAUAAAGUUCAUUAUCUCGGGCCGCCAAUCGAUCAUAGUUAUGCGCGAAUCGGUAAAAACAUAGUUUUUAGUGCUGUUUUUGUGACCACCUGGCUUACAAUUACAUGGCCGGGCCCCGAUCUUUAUAAGAAAAUUAUGGGCGACAAAUGUUUUGCAACCAAUUACUCAAGGUCUCUAGUAUUGAAUUGACGUAGUUGCUGUCUGCCUGGCAGCACCGGAUGCCUCCAUUGGUGGGCGCCCCCUCGCCCGUCCGCCAGCUGAGGCGCAUGGACCGUCCUACUGUCGCCCGCUACGCGUUCGCAGGCCCCCCCAGUUGCCCCAGCACACCCGGUUCUACUCAACUGGGACGUCCUUCAGGACUGUGCACAGCCCUGUUCGACUAUGACGCGCAAGGGGAGGACGAGCUCACUCUAAGAAAAGGACAAAUUGUUGUUAUAUUAACUAAAGAUGCCAAAAUUUCAGGAGAUGAAGGAUGGUGGACUGGGAAGAUUGGAGAUAAAGUUGGGAUCUUCCCUGCAAAUUUUGUCAUCGAUUCGGAAGAGCAAUCAGAAAUCAACAACGUCGACACGAUUUUCUCUGAUGUCAAUUUGGUCAAGAUCGAUUUUAAGGAACUCAAGCUGGAAGAGGUGAUAGGAGUUGGCGGCUUUUGCAAGGUCUACCUUGGAGAAUGGCGCGGCAGGGAAGUGGCCGUAAAGGCCGCUCGCCAAGACGCCGACGAGAACUUGCAAGUUACGAUGGAAAACGUUAUCAAAGAAGCGAAACUCUUUUGCCUUCUGCGACACGACAAUAUCGUGUCGUUAGAGGGCGUUUGUCUGCAGGAACCCAAUUUGUGCCUAGUACUCGAAUAUUGUCGUGGCGGUUCCCUAAAUCGGGUACUAGCCGGUCGGAAAAUCCGACCAGACGUCUUAGUGGACUGGGCUAUACAAAUUGCAAGGGGUAUGGACUAUCUACACUGUAGAGCUCCUAUUUCACUUAUUCAUAGGGAUUUAAAGAGUUCAAACGUUUUAUUAAGCGAAGCGAUCGAAAAUGACGACUUAAACUUUAAGACUUUAAAAAUUACCGACUUUGGCUUGGCCAGAGAAGUUUAUCAAACUACAAGAAUGUCACAAGCAGGUACAUAUGCCUGGAUGGCUCCUGAAGUGAUUCGGGAUUCCACAUUCUCGAAAGCCAGCGAUAUUUGGAGUUACGGGGUAUUGCUUUGGGAAUUGCUGACUGGAGAAGUGCCCUAUAAAGGUAUCGACACUUUGGCGGUUGCUUAUGGCGUUGCCUGCAAUAAAUUGACUCUUCCUAUUCCCAGCACGUGUCCGCAGCCCUGGAGAGAACUGAUGGAGAAAUGUUGGGAAUCGGAUCCACACCACAGACCCUCGUUCGAGCAGAUUUUGGAAGAUCUGGACAAAAUCGUGCAUUCGUCAUUCACUCAGACGCCGCAUGAAUCGUUCCACAUUAUGCAGGAGGAUUGGCGCGAGGAAAUUGAGGAGGUACUUUUGGAACUUCGCAGAAAAGAAAAGGAAUUGCGGAGUAGAGAAGAAGACCUCAACCGUGCUCAAAUGCAACAGCGACUGCACGAAGAACAACUAAAACAAAAAGAGCAAGAACUACAUGUGAGAGAAAUGCAUAUACUCGAGCGAGAGUUGAAUUUUAUGAUUAACCAACAACAAACUACACCAACUCCUAAAAAACGAAAAGGCAAAUUCAAACGGUCCCGGUUAAAAUUGAAAAAAGAACCUGGAUCUAUAAUUAGUUCUCCAUCAGAUUUUCGACACACAUUGACUGUUCAACAUACCAUGGAUCCUAAGGGAGGACUUGGAGGGAUUAUUAGUCCAAAUAGUCCUCCCGGUUCACCUGCUAUUACGCGUUUGAGAGCUAUCGCACUCCCCGCGGAUGGUGUUAAAGGUAAGACUUGGGGUCCGAGCACGUGCCAUCAAAAGGAGAGAGGCCAAAUCAUGCUGCCCGCAGCGAAAAGCAGUGCCAUCUGGUCGAAGAGCGCUCCCAACUUGGACAAAACGAGAAUGUCGCAGGGGAGGAACCACCCGCACAGCACCGACAUAGGUAACGUUUCGCCCACUUUGAGCACCAAAUCGACCUACUCGAGGGGGCUCAGGCUGUUCCACAAAAUGGCCGCUACUCUGAGCCCGCUCGAGUGGAAACGUAAUGGUUCGAACCGUAAUAAUAGCAUAACGACUGUGAGCACUGCAACAGAUCCGGUGAUUAGAGGGGGCGGAGGGUUAUAUCGGAAUCACAGGAUUAGCAGGUCGAUAGGGAAUAUUAAUGAAAACUCGCAUUAUGAUACUGUGUUUGCAACGAAUAGUUUUGUCAUUGCGAGGGGUAUUGGGUCCACGGUUGAUUUGAACGAUAGUGACUGGAGCACUAAGACUGAGCGGUAGGAAAUUUUUAAUUCGAUAUGGUGAAAACAGUAUUUGGAUUUUCGAUUGUGUAUUACAUUGUCAUCGUACAAUAGAUUUGGGUACCUGGAACAAAUGUUGCAUAAUUAAACAACCAAAAACAAUUUUUGAAUUAAUAUAAUAUAUUCGUACUGUACUAAUCGUACUGUAUAUAGAAUAUGACGAAUAUGUCUUUACUCUUUGAAGAGGGAAGCUUUUAUUAAAGAUAUCCUGAAGAGUUUUUAACGUUUUUACUGAGAUGGCUGAAGCUUUAAUAUUCUCCUAGUUAAUGCUGGCUGCAGCAUUCUCAAAAGAUCUGAAAUUUACCCCACUAAAAAUUCUAGUUUGUUUCGUCAGUUUAUCCAUAAACUUAGUUUUGCAAUCAACCCCCAUAUUAUGUCAGGUUGAUAUCAUAUUUUCUAAAAAUUUUCAAGAGAAAAUUGAUGUAAUUUUAAAAAGCACUAAUAGAUCACUUUUAAUAAGGUACCCUACUGUUCCAGUUUCACAUACCACACCUGGUAGUGUACUUUUUAGAUCUAUUCCACUUGCGUAGACCAAUCAUAUCAAUUUUAAAUUAUCUAUAUGCUACGGAUUUGAUUGGUUACUGCUAUAAUAAUUAAAAAUCCAAAUGGUGUUUUCAUUUUUUUUUAUAAAAGACUUGAAAGAUAACAUCUUGCCGAAACUUAGGAAUAUAAUUAUUGUAAUUAAAUUUUACAAUCCUCCUAUCAUAACUAAUUAUUUAAUUUUUUUUUUUCACCCGCGUUCAAGCAAAAGCUAUUUUUGCAGUGCUCCGUUAUUCUGUUGACAAUGUAAAUACAUACAUACUAUACACACAUAUACACGAGGGUCUUGGAUGCUUUUCACUCGAAAAGUUCCCAUGAGCUUCUGUUACUAAUUAGGUGCUAUUACUGUAAAAAGACAUUUGUAUUUUAUUUUAAAUUUAGUCUAGUUAGGUCAAGAAAUAUAACAAAGACAAAAAACAUCUGGGCUAGUGAUGAAAUACUUAAUUUUAAAUUAUAUUCUGUAUAUAUUUAGCUUAAUUUGAGAUUGAGGAGAACAUAAUAAUUUUUUAUUAAAAGGCUACUCACAGGAGAGUCUUCCAAACAUAAUAUGUAAGUUAAAAAAUCCACCCUCAUCCCUUAAUGUUAUUAUUUUUGUUUCAAAUUUAGUAUUAAGCACUAGCAUGAACUUAGAUUGUUUUUAAUUUCUUAUUAUUUUAGAGUACAUUUUGUAGCUGUGUUUUUUUAGCUUGUAGAUGUAUUGCUACUAUUUUACUUUUUAAUUUAAUUUAGCGCUUGUUUUUUUUUGAAAACGUUUUUUUCUCAAUUUUAUAUCGUAGUUACUGCAUGUUAGAUGAGAAAAGAACGUUUUCGAGAAUUAAACUUUCUGGUGUCGGUCGAAAAGUUGUAACGUUGUUAAAUUUUAAUAAAAAAACGUUAACGAACCUCAACAUUGCUGUUUAAUUUUUCUUAUUGUUACUUACAUAGCAUGAUUCUUGGUGUUUUUUUUUU